CUCACCUUCCAAUAACUCGAAUAUCUGAAACUGUAAAGAAAGCAAUACCUCCGGCCAGCCAUCACCGGGAUCACCACGAGCCGCUCCCUUCCCCCGCGACCGCGAGCUCCCUCAGCGGAAGCAUAAUUUCCAUUCCCGCGCCCUGCUCGUGCCGCGCCCCUCCUCCCUAUCGCGCCGGAUCGCCACCCACUCGCUGCCCCACCUCCCCCCACCCCACUCCGCCCCGCCCCACUUCGUCCCGGCCUCCCCGCCUCAGAUCCGUCCCCAAUCCGGCAACCCUAGCGCGCCGGAUUCCUCCCUCGCGUCCUUCCCCGCCCGCCGCCGCCAUUGACCGAGGCCAUCGAGGGGAAGACGGAGCUUGGCUGACCGGAUUCGGGAGGGAGGCGAGGAGGAUGUCUAGGAGGUCGGUGAACCCGAGCCGGCGGGUGUCGGACGGGGGCCUGCCGUCCGUCGGCGGCCUGUUCCACCACAAGUCGCGCUCGCCGCCAGUGCUCACCAUUGCCCUCGUCGUCCUGGGCGUCAUUCUUCUCAUCGCCUACCUCAACAGUGGCUCAGGUGUAACUGUUACAAGCAGAGAAGCUGUGAGCAGGUCCGAAGGCUCUUGCACAUCAGAAGUUAUGCGGGCGCUUCCUUAUCUUAAAAAGGCAUAUGGCAGUGCGAUGCAAAAAGUGCUCCAUGUAGGCCCAGAUAGUUGUGCAGUAGUUUCUAACUUGUUGAAAGAAGGAAAGGUUGAAGCUUGGGGAGUGGAGCCUUAUGAUUUGGAGGAUACUGACAGUAGUUGCAAAAGCCUUGUGCGCAAGGGCUUUGUCCGCAUGUCUGAUAUUAAGUUCCCCCUUCCAUACCGCCCAAAUUCUUUCAAUCUUGUUGUCGUGUCAGAUGCUUUAGAUUAUCUGACCCCAAGAUAUCUGAACAAAACACUUCCAGACUUGGCGAGGGUUUCCACCGAUGGCCUUGUUAUAUUUGCUGGCAAUCCAGGUCAGCAGAAACAUAAGGUUUCAGAACUACCAAAAUUUGGGAGACCGGCGAAAUUGCGGAGUUCUUCAUGGUGGACUAGAUACUUUGUCCAGACUGGCUUGACAGAGAACAAAGGACCAUUGAAGAAGUUUGAAGAGGCUACAUCCAAGAAUGAAUACAAACCAGAUUGCCAGAUCUUCCACCUUAGUACGUAGGAUUGUGCUUGUUGAGGUGAUGCCCGUCCACAGCACCAUGGAUCAUGGCCGCACCAGUUUUGUAAGCAACCUCUUUGCUUACCCCCUUGUUGACUCGCUCAUCUUUCAUGCGGAGGAACCAGUCGCACGAAAUAGCCAGCCUUCAGCUAUAGGUAGCUUAUGUAGAGAGAGAGGCUUUACCACUUGAUACUAGAAAUUCAUUGUGGUAAUUAAAUUAUGUGUCAUCAAGGAUCACGAAUUGAAGCGCCGAUGAUAUAUACGUAAGAACUUCACACUGUUGUACCCUGUUUUUCUAGGUGUGUUGGUUGUCUGGACGGUUUCACAUGUAAGCUUAUGAUCCAAUCCAAGAGAAGCAAUUUGAUCC